CCCCCCCCCCCGCCGCGCGCGUCGCAAUUGGCGGGAAAAGGUCGGCGAAGGGUGGUGAGGUACAGCGCCUCGCGCGGACGUUGAGGCGACGUUCGCGGGCGACCGAGGUCUCCUUCUCUCCCCUCCCCUUCCCUCCCACUCCCCUCGCGUCUUCUGAGGCGAUAAACCUCCCGGUGCCGCGCCAUGAUGCUUCGCCUCGCGGCACGCGGCCUGCUCUCGCCUCGGGCCCCCCGCGCUCGCCUGAGCGGCUCUGCCGGGCAAGGCGGCGGCGGAGGAGGAGGAGGAGGGCGGCGGCGGCUGCUGCUGAGGUGGAUCGGCGUCGGAGCCGUGACCGCCUCGGUGGCCGUGGCGGCGGCGGCCGCUCGUUGGGCUCCUCCGGCCGAGAUGGCGACUGCGAAGACGACGACGAAGACGACGAAGACGAAGGAGGAGUGGAGGGAGUUCAUGGCGCCUCCCGUGAGCGGAGUGGAGGCGCUUCGGGCGACUCCCGACGCCAUGAGGAGUCGGAUGGAGGUGUUCAUCAUGGAGCUGCAGGCCGAGGUUUGCCGUGCGCUGGAGGAGGUGGAGGGGGAGGGGGGGAAGAAAUUCCGGGUGGAGCAGUGGAGUCGUCCUGGUGGAGGCGGAGGGGUGACGUGCGUGCUGCAGGAGGGCCGUGUGUUUGAGAAGGCCGGGGUGAACGUGUCCGUCGUUCGGGGCCACCUACCUCCCGAGGCCGCGGCACAGAUGCGGAGCAGAGGUCGCGACAUCACCCCAGACGCCAACGGCCAGUACCCGUUUGUGGCGAUGGGCGUGAGCUCGGUGAUCCACCCACACAGCCCCCACGUGCCCACACUGCACUUCAACUACCGCUACUUUGAGAUUCAGCAGCAACAAGGCGGCACGGUGUGGUGGUUUGGUGGAGGUACCGACAUGACUCCGAGUUUCCUGGUGGAGGAGGACGUCAUCCACUUCCACGGCACCCUACAGGCGGCACUCACAGCCUUCCCUGGCCUCUACCGCCACUACAAGAAGUGGUGUGACGACUACUUCUCCCUGCCUCACCGUGGCGGCGAGCGCCGCGGCGUCGGCGGAAUCUUCUUCGACGACCUCACCUCACCCUCGGCCGCUCACCACCCGCUCACCUCGGCAACGCCCUCGGCCGCUCACCACCCGCUCACCUCGCCCUCGGCAAUGCCGUCGGCUCACCACCCGCUCACCUCGCCCUCGGCAAUGCCGUCGGCUCAACCCGCGCUCAACUCGCCCUCCGGUGGCGAGGGUGGCGAGGGUGGUGGUGGUGAUGGUGGUGGUGGUGAGGGUGGUGGUGGUGAGGGUGGUGGUGGUGGUGAGGGUGGUGAGGGUGAGGGUGGUGGUGAGGACCCCGAGGGAGCGUUUGCGGUGGUGCGAGCGUGUGGGCGAGCCGUGCUGCCCUCCUACCUGCCCGUGGUGGAGCGACGUCGCCACGGCAACCACGACGGGGCCCAGCGGCGCUGGCAACAGCUGCGGCGGGGACGCUACGUGGAGUUCAAUCUCCUCCACGACCGAGGGACCAAGUUUGGGCUGGCGACACCAGGUUCACGUACAGAGAGCAUCCUGAUGUCGCUACCCCUCACCGCCCGGUGGGAGUAUGCGUUUGAGCCGGAGCCUGGCAGCCCUGAGGAGAAGAUGCUGGACGUGCUGAGAAACCCUAGAGACUGGGUCUGACUCACCAUCUCACUCACCAUCUCACUCACCCAUUCACUCAACACUCAACCGCUCACUCAACCAUUUACUCACCACUCACUCAACCACUCGCAACUCACUCCUCACCCACUCACCCACUCACUCCUCACCCACUCACCCACUCAACCGCUCACUCAACCACUCACCAUAUGGCGCUACUGAUAAAGUUAUAGCGACGUCAGUGAGGCUACUGAUAAAGUUAUAGCGACGUCAGUGAGGCUACUGAUAAAGUUAUAGCGACGUCAGUGACGCUACUGAUAAAGUUAUACCGAAGUCAGUGAGGCUACUGAUAAAGUUAUAGCGACGUCAGUGACGCUACUGAUAAAGUUAUAGCGACGUCAGUGAGGCUACUGAUAAAGUUAUACCGACGUCAGUGAGGCUGCUGAUAAAGUUAUACCGACGUCAGUGAGGCUACUGAUAAAGUUAUAGCGACGUCAGUGAGGCUACUGAUAAAGUUAUACCGACGUCAGUGAGGCUACUGAUAAAGUUAUAGCGACGUCAGUGAGGCUACUGAUAAAGUUAUAGCGACGUCAGUGACGCUACUGAUAAAGUUAUAGGGACGUCAGUGAGGCCACUGAUCAAGUUAUACCGACGUCAGUGAGGCUACUGAUAAAGUUAUAGCGAUGUCAGUGAGGCUACUGAUAAAGUUAUACCGACGUCAGUGAGGCUACUGAUAAAGUUAUACCGAUGUUAAAUCACUUUUUGAUAUUCUUGGUUCUUUCGGUAAAGUCACCACCACGUAGAAGGGAAACAAUAAAAUAAUAAAAAUAUAAAACAAUAA